AUGGCGGAAAUCGGCGGCGAAUGGAAAUCCCGGUCCAUCUUCCUUGAGGUGAGCAGUUUUGACUUUAGUUUAUUCAUAGCUGGCUUGAGGGAAUAAAUGCGAAAUAGCGUACUAAAUUGAGAGGUUUAGACGUUUAUGUAGCCUUUUUCGUCCUAAACUACAGGAGUCAGUCUAAAAAUCUAAAUCUAGCGAGACUAGACGCUACCAGAAGUCCCACUAUGAGUUGUGAACACUCAUUGGUUAGUUCAUUCACAGCCGGCUUGAAGAAAUAGUGUGGGAAAAGGAGAAGUUUAGACGUUUUUGUAGCAUUUUUCGUCCUAAACUCCAGUAAUUAGCUUAAAAAACUACUUCAUAAGUCCCACUGUGAUCUGAGAACUUUCUUUGGUUAGUUCAUUCACAGCCUGCUUGACAAAAUAGUGUGCGAAAUGAGAGAUUUAGACGUUAAUGUAGUAUUCCCCGUCCUUAAUUAUAGGAAUAAGCCUGAAAAUCUAAAUCUUGCGAGACUAGUCUCAUUCAGAAGUUCCACUGUGAGCUGAGAAAAUUUUUUGGUUCGUUCAUAGCCGGCUUGGCAAAAUAGUGUGUGAAAAUGAGAGGAUUAGACAAUUUUUGAGAGUCCAAAACUAGCGGUGAAUAGAGUAUGAGUGUUAAUAAACACAUUUUGGAUGAGAAGAAUGAAUUUUCAAGUAAAACCUGCGAAAAGAUGAACCCGGGGGAUUAAAAAAGGUUAUCAUCUACGGAAAAAGUAGAUUUUUCAAGAAAUCGUGUUUCAGAACUGCGAAAUGCAGAACUGUUUCAACAAUUUAAAGGUCAGAUUCGCUUCCAAACGUUUUUUGUUUUAACAAAAUAUCAGCCUUUUUCAAUACAUCAGUUGAAAGGAGUUGGAACCACUAAUGACCUUUUCUAGAGUCUUUUGUGACUUUUCAACUUGAUUCAAUGAAAGUAAUGGAGUAAAUAGUCGUCGAUUUUUGAGGUAAAACCAAGAUCGGACUUGGCGUCGUUGUUCGUCGACUGUCCGCCGUCGGUUCUCUCAGCGGCCCUGAGCUCCAAGGAGAAUUGCGACGGCGCUGAUUCCGAGAAGAAGGUCAACGGCACGACUAAGACUUUCUCAAGGCCACAGACUCCGGCGGAAGUGACGGCCUGCGUCAAAAAUGGGAAGUUAGUGAGGGGAAAAAAGAACCUUUCGGAAAUUUUUAGCAACAAAUUGAUAGAAAUUUGGCCAGUUUUUAAAAUUCUCUUCUGCGGGUUUGAAAUAAAGGACUUCCUUCAAAAGUUGAGCUGAAUUUGGCCGAUUUUGAAAAUUCUCUAUGGUUCUAUUUCCGUCUAUCGAUAGUUCUAAGAACCUUUCGUUUUUUCGAAAAUUUUGAAAUUAAGAAAAACGUUUUUUUCUUCAAAAGGUAAACAUUUUUCAUAAAAAUAGUUACAGCUCAAUCUAUCGAAAAUUUUCAAAAAUCUCAGAUUUUCCGAAAAAUACUGAACAUUUGCGCAGCCAGACAGAAUACUUGAGCAAAUUUUCAAAACUCUCUUGAAAAACCUCCCCUAUUUAAAGCGGAAUCGAAGGCCUGGAGGUCGUGAGAGUCCUGGAGCACUGUGUCCAACUCGGCGCCCCGCCAUUGCUCAAAGAUCUCGUCGAGUCGAAGCGAAGUCAACGACGAGGGAGCGACAGCAGCGUCGGCAGCGCCGGGAGCGGCGGAAGUGGAAGGAAGAAGAAGUCGCGGUCGCCGCAGAACGGACCUCGCUUCGGAGCCUCCAUCCGAGGCCUGAGCAUGGCCCCGAGGACGUUGUGCGCCCCGACCUGGGCCGACAAUCACCGGCUCUUCAUGUGCAAGGUGCACGCCGAGUCGAAGGGAGCUCCUCUCGGUGAGAAGCAGUUUUUCGAGAGUGUAUCGAAGAUAAAAGGCGCGAGAGAAAAGCGAUGUCGCUGGUGGUAUUUCGACAACCUCGUAAGUUUGUCGCCGCGUCGGUCUCGCAUUUCUGUUGGCGCGAUAUCGCGUUUCUCAUGCACUCAGAAAAGUUUUAAAAUAGCGAUAUCGCGGCAAGCAAAAUGCAAGACGGCGGGGAUACAAAGCAGGGCUUUUCGCGAUGUCGUCAACGUGCGGACAGCGAUAUCGCUUGUAUCUUGUCAUUUUUCUUAGCGCGAUAUCGUUUUUUUCUCACGCACUUCAAAAAAAAAAAAUUGAAGUUCAAAAAGAAGUUCAAAUUGCAAAACUGCGAUAUCGCGGUACAGAAUUUUGAUGAACGGUGCGGCUACAAAGAAGCACUUUUGCGAGGUGUUCAAUGUAACGUCAGCGAUAUCGCUUGUUUCUUGUCAAUUUUCUUAGCACGAUAUCGCUUUUUUUCGUGAUUUUCUCACGCGUUUAAAAAAAAUUUUGAAAAUAGCGGAAACUGCGAUAUCGCGCCAAGCAAAAGCCAAAACCUAUAAGCAGCACUUUCGCGAUGUCGUCAAUUUUCCGCCAGCUACCGCACUCAGCACUCUUAAGUGAUAACUUGAACUCUUAAGAAAGGUCCGAGGCGAGUAUCCAUAGCACGAAUAAUAUUUAUCUUUUCAAAAUUUGAUCUGCAGCUUACUCAAUUUGAAAAAAAGCCUUCAUCACCGAACUUCUUUCAGUCCCCAAGACGUUCCACAAGUUGGCACGGGACAUGUGCGACUUCGACAAGCUAGAGGCUUUUGCCAACCGAGGACAACCCCAGUUAUCCUGCUCCCGAUGUUCUGCUUCCCUGCUUCUAGAAGAGAAUAAGUUGGUGAUCCUCAGGAAGAUGGAAAAGAUAGGAAAUCGAUUCUAGAAUGACUAUCGGAUGUCUGCCGGACGACGAAUGGCUGGCGACUUCCCAGUCGGCUGACUUUUAUUGUAGGGAUAGUUGCGGGGCUGCUUGCGAUCCGGAUAGGUGGGCCUUUUAUUGAGAGAAAACAUCUAAAUUGAACUUGAAGAGUGGUCCCUUUAGGGGUAACUUUAGGGCCCUUGGAGGUCCCCUCUAGGGAUCAUCUUACGUUCUCCUAUAAGGGGGCCACUAUAGGGGUUUAGCCAUUGCUCCUUUUAGGGUUCAUGUUUCUCAGUUUAACAAAAAAUCGGUAACUAUGAAAUUACUUAAGUUAUUGUAAUUCCAUGAACGGAGAUAUGAUUUGAAAUAUUUUUUGAAUGAAUGAAAAAAUUCGGAGUUUUUUACUAGGAAGGUCAAUUUACUUUUUGGUUGGCGUUUUCCUGAAAAUUGGCUAGAAAACUUCAUGAUGCAUCAGAUGAAGCUCCUGGAAGCCUCAAUUUAGAAAACUGACUAAUUUUCGAGAAAAAGGUCUCGACAUUUCAGGACAAAGACCAAAAAACCGCUGAAACAGGUCAUUUUUUGACUUAGAGCCCUGAUUUUUCGAAAACUGAGAAGUUGUGCAGAUUGACACUUUCAGGAUCUUUUAUCUGGAAUAUCAAGAAUUGGCCUGACCAUUUUUUGAUUAUUUUCAAGUGAUGUUACCUCUCUGUCAGUCAAUCCUGCCAAUUUUGUAGACAUAAACACGGAAAACACGGGGUCGGUAGACAAGGGAAAAGCCGCAAAUGA